UAUUGAUUUUUAAGGAAUUGCUAAUUUUUUGUUUAGAUGACAAUUAUAAAUAAAUGGGUUGUUACAAGAUAUGGAUUUAAUCUUAAUUUUUUUAUGUUGAUUAUUCAAUUACUUAUUUCUAUUGCAAUUCUUCAUAUUUUUGAGAUUUUUAAAGUUAUUUCUUUACCAAAAUUUACAUUUUCUAUGGUAAAACAAUGGUUUCCAAUUUCAUUUUUAUUUAUUACUAUGAUCUAUACAAGUAGUAAAGCGCUUCAAUUUCUUUCAAUUCCAAUUUAUACUAUUUUCAAAAAUUUCACAAUCAUUAUAACUGCAUAUGGUGAAGCUUUUUUUAUGGGUGGCUCUGUAUCUAAACUUGCUUUAUUAUCUUUUUUUAUGAUGAUUUUAUCCUCUCUUAUGAUAGCAUGGGAUGAUCUAUAUUCUUUGUUAUCAGGAUUAUGGUUUCGUCGCUCUUUUUUACUCGAUCAUUCCUUUUUAUAUUAUGGUUACCUUUGGAUAAUUACCAAUUGCAUAUGUAGCUCUGCAUAUGUUUUAGAAACUAGAAAAAAAAUUAAAUCUGGUCAUUUUACUGAUUUCGAUUCUAUGUUUUAUAGCAAUUUACUUGGAAUUCCUAUUUUAAUUAUCUGCACUUUAACUAUGGAUGAUUGGAGUAGUCAAAACAUCACACUCAAUAAAAUAAAUAUCAUUCCAAUCAUUUCAAUAUUAUUAUCUGGUAUUUUUUCUGCUGGAAUCGGUUACACCUCUUUAUGGUGUAUCAGAGUAACUUCUUCAACUACUUAUAGUAUGAUAGGUGCUUUAAAUAAGUUGCCUGUAUCUAUCACUGGACUUGUUUUUUUCAUACACCUGUAACUUUCUCUACGAUAAGCGCUAUCGUACUCGGUAACCUUCAU